AUGAUUAAGAAGUCAGUCAAGCGCUAUUUAGCUAGGUCGACGAGAGGAAAUCUAGGGUUUGAAAGCAGUGUGUCCGCCAUGCAAACACAGCAGCAGCACAUGCACAGCCCUGAGAUCCCAGUUGAUCUCAUCAUCGAAAUACUCUUGAGAUUGCCGACUAAAACUAUCGCGAGAUGUCGUUGCAUAUCGAAGUUUUGGGCUUCCAUAAUCUGCCGUACAGAUUUCACGGAUUCGUUCAUGAUAAGGUCUCAGGCCCGUCCGCAAAUCUUGUUCUCUAUCCGAAAUUCGGAUUUCUUCUUCUUUUUGGCACCUCAGUUUCAAAAUAAAUCGUCUCUUGUAGCCAAGGAUCAUUUAAAACUCCCCAUCAAUGGUUCCUCCUCCCAGUUUUGUGGUCCUGUACGUGGUUUCGUCUGUCUUACAAAUUUUACAAGUGGAAUGAAGGAAACAGUGUCUACGGUAUGUAACCUUAGCACAGGACAAGCCAUUCACUUACCCAAUGUGAAGGCAAGCAGUAAUUUCGUGAAGAGUUAUCUUGGGUUUGAUCCCAUUCAUCAGCAAUUCAAAGUAUUGCUAAUCAACACCACGCCAGGAGUUUCUGAUGACUGA